GAGUAUUUUGUGUCCACUCUGGAGCUCUCUGGUUUCCUUGUCUGUUGUUUUGAUCCAAUCCUGGUCGCCCGGUGUCGUUUAAAACAACGGCGGGAAGUGAAGGAAUCCCAAUCCGGAGGCCCGGUCGCUGUUUGUGUGGAUGCGAAUUCAGGUCCAAAGCGUUGGCAUUGUAAUCUGAGGUCGAAGUGAGAUGGCGGUGAGAAUCUUUGUGGAAAAAGAAAAUGACCUAUUGAGCACCCAUAAAAUAAGCCGUCCAAAACUGCUUACUUCUUCCUCUCCUAUCUUCUCAGAGAGAUCUGUUCCACAGACUCCACAGCCCAAUAAAGUGUUAAAUGCUACUCCUGGCUUAAAGCAGUCUGCAAGGAAAGCUCUCGGCGACUUGAAUUGUCCAGUGCGCGUGUCCACCAAAGCAAAUGCCUCACAGAAAAAUAAAACUAUACACAAAGAGAAGAAUAACUCAUCGAUCUUAAAAGCAGCCAAGCCCACAGAAAUGGUGAUCUCAGAUGUAUCACAUAUUCCUAUUGAGAUGUCUGAAGACUAUCCUGAAAUGGAAAUCUUCAUCCCUUACAAUCCCCUCGAAUUUGAAAAUGUUAAUGUACCCGAAGAACAUCAGCUGGAUUCCGCCUGCCUGGCAGGAUUACCACUCUCUCUGCUUGAGAAAGAAGGGGAGCUAAUAAAUAACUUGCUAAACAAAAUCACUUCACCUAUGGAAUGGCCUUCUCUUCCACAGGAAUUCAAUUUUUUGGACUGGGACAUGAAUCCUGAUUUAUCCAAUGGAUUGACUGUGGAAUUACCAUCAAUGGAUUUUGAAUUCUGAAGAUGUUGCUUCAGAUUUUUGUUUUAUCCCAUCUUUGUGAAAUAGCUAGUGAUUGUAGUCUUGAUUUAUUAAUUGCACUAAAUUUGGAUUUACUAUUUGUUCUUAAUGCUUGUACAAACUUUUAAUAAAGGAUUGUUUGUG